AUGCCGCCAAAAAUUGUGCCGUGCCAAAGUUGCACACAACUCACCGAUAUCAUCAAUGAUCUAAAAACUACUAUCGCUCAACUAAAGGAGGAGGUUGCCUCCCUAAAAAACUCGAUUAAUGAAUCCAAUGAAUCCAAUAAUGAAUCUCAGCUCAUCAACAAAAUUGUUAAUGAAGUUCUCGAACGUGAAAAGAGAAAAACUAAUGUUAUAGUAUACAAUGUUAAGGAAUCUAAAAUUUCCAGCAAAACUGAAAGAGAUCUCGAGGAAAAAGCUACUUUUGCUGGGAUUUGUAAUGAAAUCUCUUUGGAUGCCAGCCUCAUAACAAACAUAACAAGGCUUGGAAAGUUUGCAACAACUGCAGAUCGACCUCGUCCACUCAAGAUCACUUUUAAUAGAGAGGCUUGUGUCCAUGAAGCUAUUCGCAAAGCCAAACUGCUGAAGGACUCCACAAGUGACAACAAAAACAUUCACUUUGCAUUUGAUAGAACACCUCUACAGGUCGAUGAAUACAAGAAGCUUAAAACGGAAAUGGACAACAGAACAAAGAGUGGAGAAACUAAUCUUUUUAUUAAUAACGUCACGCUGGUGGUUAAUAAGAAAUACAUAUGCGGUUACACCAUUACCUGUGCGGGUCUUCUCCGCCCCUAUCCCACCGUUCCCUUUUGGCUACUCUUACCGACACCACGUCCCAACGCUCAAAAUUUCCAGUAUGGGUUAGAAGAAGACGUACCAAAACUAGGUUCGUUUUUGCUUGAUUUGUCAUAUCUUAAAGGAUGUUUUGGUUUUGGUAGAUUUCCAUCAUGUAGAACUGGUUUUUUCGCCGAAGUAACAUCUGGAUACUGA